GAUAUGGUAAUUGGAACGAUACACUCUCUACGAGAGAGUGUUCUCAAUAUAUCGGAAUCGUUCAGUACAGAAUCGCCAUCUUUACCAGAAAAUACGACAGUUAUCCCCACAGUCGAAUUGGUACUUGGCACAAUUACCUAUCUAAGUAUUCUUGUUUACUUACAGGUAAUCAUAACGAUGACGGUCGUUGGUAAUACGUUAGUCGUUGUUGCGGUAUUCAGCUACAGACCAUUGAAAAAAGUUCAAAAUUACUUUCUCGUCUCAUUAGCUGCAUCCGAUUUGGCUGUAGCCAUAUUCGUCAUGCCACUUCAUGUGGUCAAAUUCCUUGCAGAUGGUCGAUGGCUAUUGGGAAUUCCGAUCUGUCAGCUCUUCACUACCGCUGACAUCCUCCUAUGUACAUCUUCAAUAUUGAAUUUGUGUGCAAUAGCCAUCGACAGGUAUUGCGCCAUACAUGAUCCAAUAAACUACGCCCAAAAGCGUACGCUACGCUUCGUGUGUUGUGUAAUUAUUACGGUCUGGGUGCUGUCUGUGAUCAUAUCAGUGCCUCCAUUGAUCGGAUGGAACGACUGGUCAUCACAGAAACUUCGGGAUCACUGUGAACUUUCGUCAGAAAGGGCGUUUGUCGUCUUCUCAGCAUCAGGCUCAUUUUUUCUACCUCUUCUUGUAAUGGUCGUCGUUUAUGUCAAAAUCUUUAUCAGUGCACGACAGCGAAUCAGAACAAAUAGAGGUCGAAGCGCUUUAAUGCGUAUACAAAACACUUCGGUAGAAGAGCGUGGAGGAGAACGUAGAAGUUUGAAGAGGUUCUCUGUCGAAAGCGCUAAAUCCGGUGGUCGUGUUGGUGAGAAAACUCCAUUGGUACAUACCGAAGGCAGUUCAGUGGUCACCGUCAUACCGAGUUCGUUGCCUGAUGGUGUAAACAUGGAUCAGACGACGAGAACAAUGAGAUAUCACAACAAUGGCUGCGUUAGACGAGAUGGUGGCAAAGAAGCGGUCAGUNUUUGGAACGAUCUUAAUGGUUUAAUUAAUUUGCAUUAUGACGUCACUUUGAGUAAUCCACAAGCGAUGCUUCGACAACGAGAGAAAAUCAGUGUAGCCAAGGAGAAACGUGCAGCCAAGACAAUUGCUGUGAUCAUUUUUGUGUUCACAUUUUGUUGGCUUCCAUUCUUCUGUGCCUACGUAGUUUUACCAUUCUGCGACUCCUGUACACUUCAUCCAAAGGUAAAUCAGGCAUUUACAUGGUUGGGCUACAUCAAUUCAUCACUGAACCCGUUCCUCUAUGGCAUUCUGAAUUUGGAAUUUCGACGAGCCUUCAAGAAAAUCCUCUGUCCAAAGGCUGUACUCGAACAACGCCGAAGACGGCUCAGUGCACAACCAUAA